AUGAAGGGCAGCAUACGGGGGCCUUGGCCCGGGCCUGUCCUUUUUGCGCCCGUUCAUUUUCCAGAAGUGACUCUCUCCGUCGUCACAUUCGCCUGGACCACCACGAUCCACAAGCAUCCUCAACAACUCGCACGGCCCAAGCGUGCCUGGGCUGCCGGCAGGCCAAGACGCGGUGCGGCGGAGGCAAGCCUUGCAAUCGCUGUCGUGCCCAGCCCCAACCCUUCACCGUCAUCUCCUGAAGUGCAGUCUCUGUCUCCCCAGUCUCCCCAAUCUCCCCAAUCUUCCCCAACCCAAGGCAAUUCCACUUCCCAAUUCACCCCCUACAUCCACCUCUACUUCACCCACUUCCACCCCCACUGGCCCAUCCUGCAUCGCGCCACCUUCAGUCCCCCGGACGAGCCCCUCCUGCUCUUGCAGGUGGUCUCCAUGAUCGGUCUAUGGGUCAGCGACACCCCCUCCUCUCGCGAGGCGGCGAUCAAUCUCCAUCGCAACAUGGGAUCUUCCAUCCUAGCACAGCAGGAGAAAUGGGCACGCUCCAUCUCUUUCACUGCGGAUCUGCCCGACCAUGAUCCCACCGUACCGACACAAGAGAUCGUCUCGCGAUGUCCCGUAGCCACCUACCAGGCGAUCCUCUUAUAUCUCAUCUUCUCCCUGGUGCUGACCCGCACAGGCCACGGCACGAGCGAUGGUAGCAGCAAGCCUUCGCAAGCAUUGGAUCUAAGCCUCCCCCUCUCCCCCGACGACACGCACAUCCUCUCCGUCCUCGUCACCACCUGCCUCAGCAACAGCGUCUUCUACUACCCGCUGAUGCUGGAGCGGUACCACCAGAGCAUCGACUCGGUCGCGUGCAUCUGGGUCGGGGUCGAGGAGCUGAAACGCCUUGGCUUGGCCAUGUACAAGGUCUGUCGGCUGAGUGGGCAUGGGGCCAGAGUGGUGGAGGGUGAUGCGGUGGCGAUGGGCCGCGACGCGCCAGAGGAACACCGGGGCGUCUUGCGUCUCUCGGAUCUGCAGUUCCCGCCGCCGGAUAGUCGGCAUCUCUGGGAGGCGCAGUCCAACCCGGAGCUGGCGCGGUUGUUGCAGAUCGAGGCGCGCAAGCCCGGGGGUGCGUCGGCACGGUUGGACGGGCGCGAGGAAGGGAAUUGGAUCUCGGCGUGUGGGAGGGUGUUGCAGGACGGGGUGGAUACCUGGUGGUUGUGA